AGAGAGAGCGCGUAGGGUUAGAACUGAGAGAGAAGGGGAGAGAGAGCGAGAGAGAGAGAUAGACAUGAACAGAAGAGGAGGAGGAGGAGGGGGAGGCUCCUGAUACCAAGACACGGAAAAGCAGGGGAGGGAAAGAGAGAAAGAAAAAGGGGCUGGUGGAGGAAGAGGAGCGGGGAGUUGGAGAAAACGGGGAAUAAGACUUACAGAAAGCAUACAGAGGAGAGGAAGGAGAGUACCUAGUGCUUUGGACAUCCCCUCCUUUCUUCUCUUAGGCUGUCACACCAGAUUGGACUCCGAAGGACCGACACCACGUCCACCCCAGACCCCAUGGGGUAACAGCAGAUGUUUGGAGGAGAGGCUUUUGUUCAGCUACACAGAUGAACAACAGGAAGGAGGACAUGGAGAUCUCGUCUCACUACCGUCAGCUCCUCAGAGAGCUCAAUGAGCAGAGGCAGCAUGGCAUCCUUUGCGAUGCCUGUGUCAUUGUGGACGGAAAGAUCUUCAAAGCUCAUAAGAAUGUCCUCCUGGGAUCGUCACGCUACUUUAAGACUCUUUACUGCCAGGUUAAAAAAGGGGCAGAGCCUCACCACCAGACUACUGUCACUCAUCUGGACAUUGUCACAGCAACAGGCUUCAAAGCCAUCCUGGACUUCAUGUACUCGGCGCACCUUGCUCUCACCAGUAAGAAUGUGAUUGAGGUCAUGUCAGCUGCCAGCUACCUGCAGAUGACAGAUAUUGUCCAGGCUUGCCACAGCUUCAUCAAGGCUGCACUAGAUAUCAGCAUCCGCUCAGAGAUGGCUGACGAGCUGGCUGACUUUGAAAUGGGCGCUGUGGCUGCUGCUGGCCUAGGUGGAGGCGGGGGCGUCGGAGGUGGUGGAGGAGGAGCUGGAGGCGGAGGGGGCAUAGUGGGCAUGGCGUCUGAAGCCCUUGCUUCCAUCAUGUCUGGUCGCAGCACCUCUCCUUGGCUGGCGCGCCGGACCAGCCCGGCCAACUCUUCUGGGGACUCAGCCAUCGCCAGCUGCCAUGAGGGCGGCAGCACGUAUGGAAAGGAGGACCAAGAACCACCUAAGAGCCAUGAGAGCCAGGAAGAAGCCUGCCAUGACUCCCAGCCCGCAUGGCCUCAUGACUAUCGACCUGGCAUCACUGUCAAAGAGGAACAGGUAUCCCCUGCCUCCUCCUCUCAUCCCCGGGACACUCCCAGGGGGGCAGCCCAAAGCCAGGCAGAGCAAGGGACUGGGGGACCUGGUGGAGGAGGUGGAGAAGGGCCCUGGCAACCUCUGUCGGGAUCAGGGCGAAGGAAGAACAGGAAGAACAAGGACACAGUCAGACAUAUUACCCAGCAGGCUGAGAGGAACUGGGACCGCGAGCGGGACAGAGAGAGAGAAAGAGACAGUAGGCCUGGAUCUCCUCUGCCCUCCAUGCUGGCUGUAGCUGGAUGGAACUACAAUGGGCAGGAUAUCCCAGGGGCAGACGUGACUGAACCCAACAGCUCAGACAGCCGUGGCGAACGCCUCGACUUCUUCCUCAAACAGGAAGAGCCUCUUACCACAGAGCCCAGCUUCCUGGGGACCAACGAAUUGGAGGAGGCCGGGGGAGGAGCCGGGGGUGGAACAAUCUCAUCUGUAGCCAAUCUGAAGGCAGCGCUGAUGAGUAAGAACAGCCUGCUGUCACUGCGGGCUGAGAUGAUGGGAGAUGAUAACCCCUUGUUGUAUGAGUACCUGCCCAAAGGAGGACACUCCCUGUCUUUGAAUGACUUCACGGUGAUCCGUAAAAAGUUCAAGUGCCCCUACUGCAGUUUCUCUGCUAUGCACCAGUGCAUCCUAAAGAGGCACAUGCGCUCCCAUACUGGUGAGAGGCCCUACCCCUGUGAAAUCUGUGGCAAGAAGUUCACCAGAAGGGAGCACAUGAAGAGGCACACACUGGUCCACAGCAAAGACAAGAAGUACGUGUGUAAAGUCUGCAGCCGAGUCUUCAUGUCAGCAGCCAGUGUUGGAAUCAAGCAUGGCUCCCGCCGCCACGGCGUCUGCGCUGAUUGCUCUGGCAGAGGCAUGGCCGCACUCCUGGACCACAAUGGUGAGGUGGGUGGCGAUAUCUCUCCGGAGGAGGAGCUGUAUCCUGGCGACCGUUUCCACGAUGACCAAGCAGAGUGUGAUGGAGAUGGAGAAGGGGAGGAGGAGAUGAUGGUCGAAGGGGACGGAGAGAUGCUGGGAGAAGGGGAGGAAGACAGAGGGAAGUGGAAGGACUCAGGGAUGACCGCUGAGACGCACGGAACGCUGGACAAUGAGAAAGAGGAGAGUGACUCCUCGGCACAGGAGGGGGAGCAGCAGAAUGGGAGCGAGAAGGACUUUGCCUGGAUCUCAUAGAGUCUGUCCGGCUCCUGUUAGUGGCCCAUCGACCGAUCUCUGAAGAUCUUUUGCGAUCUCUCAGGCAGAAUCCUCUGCUCUCUUUACCCAUUCGUCCCACUUGGGACAGGCCUUCCUUUGAGUGGAAAUGCUGUAGGGUGAUGCGCGACAAUGAUCUAAUACCAUUACGAGUAACACUCAAACGCACACAUACCGACAUACACACACUUUUACCACACACACACGCACACACACACGCACGCUCUUCUCAACCUUGACUGCCAUAGUAGAGGAAGAGAUGGCUCAGUGCAAGGCUUUUUCUGCUUACCUCCUUUACUUCUGAUGCAGUGUUUUUGUGUUAUUUUUCUCGAGGGUUCAGGCCAGAGUCCAGUAGUUUUCUACUCUGUCAAAACAGGAAUCAACGGCGGCGCUGCCAAGGACAUGGCCAACGCCAGACUGCUAUGUAUGUUUGCCAUCACAAUCAUCAUGGAAAUCAAGGAUCACUGACAGUGUAGGGAAAUAGCCAGGAGGAAGGCUGUCUUGGUCUUAUAACUAUGACUAUAAUGCUUCUGGGAAAAGUGUCUCCCUAUGAGUGAAGGGGGGGUCUAAAUCUAUUGCAAAGCUACGUGUGUCAGAGGACCGGGCAGCCCAAUGGCACAUUGUUGAGUCCUACUGCCACAGACUUGCACUUUAAUGACAACUGACUCCUAUCAAUACCCUGAACCCGUGGUUUACAUUUUUGAUCUGAUCUUUACUUACCUAAACAACUCGGUGACCGCACCUACCUUUAAGGAUAUACUUUAUGUCCUCUUGACUGUUAUCACGAAAUAGAAAUCACUGAAUCUUUGUGCAGAUUGCUGUUUAUAUAGCCUAUGCCUUUCAGUGGGGUCCUUAAUCUUUUCUUCACUUAAGUUUACCGCCUGGUUUCUAUUGAUCCAUUCCGAGAAAUACUGGAGUUUUGAGAAAUGUACAUAAAGUUUUGUUUUGUUUUUGGGGUUUUUUUGGUGGAAAUUUAAAAGGGGACUGUAGGCUGUGCGAGACAGAGAGAGAGAGAGAGACCGAAAGAUGCUUUUUAGCGUUUCAGCCGUCUCCACCCACAGAGUGGACAUCAGUUUCUGCUUCCUGUUUUUAAAAUCAAUUCAAGCACACAGUGGAUGCUCUACACUAAUAACUCUUUCCUUCUCUCUCGCUUUCUCUGGUGCAGAUUCUCUCACACUGGAGGUUGUGACGAUAGGACCUGAGAGCUAAGUCUCUCACACUUAAGGAGGAGCUGCCUUUGUGUAAAUUUUUUUGGGUUUGUUCAUUUGCCGUGUGCGCGUGCGUGCGUGUGUUUUAAGUCAGUCAUGUAACUCCACUUGCUGGAAUCAGAAUAUGCAGACUCUUUCCACGAUUCUUUUGCUGAUAUGCUUUCUCCGGCUUUGCAAGGUUAAAAAACAGAAGAAUUGCAGAAUUGUGCUUGAAAUUCAGAGUUAGCUAUUUGCAGAGAGUGUAAUUUUACUUUGUUUUGUUUGACAGCUAUUUAUUGAGAAAACUGUUUAUUUGUGGAUUCCUAAUUUUCAGAAGUCCUUCCCUUGCUCUCGCCCUCUCUGUACGUGUUGAGUGGAACAGGAUGGCUGCUUGUAUGCAAGGAUGAGUGUCCAGUGUCCAAAAGAUAUUCUAUAUUCAGUUCUUAAGAUUAUUUCCAUGUUUUGUUUUGUUUUUUAGUUUGUUUGUUUUCAGCAAAGUUGACAAUUCAAGUGAGUCAGAUGACAUGUCUUAUUAUUAUGAAUAUCAGAACUAUGAUUACUUGUUGUUGAUGUUACUAUUAUUAAUUAUUAUUAAGUGCUGGAUGCUAAGCUUUAUUGUGUGUUCUUUUUUUUUGAUAUUUUAUAUCUUGUAUAAGAAAAAAAAAAGCUUUUAUACUUUGCCUUGUUGUGGACAGCAAGCCAUGGGGCUUUUAUCAAUCUUUUAUUGUGCCAGUUUACGCUUUCUCUGUCGUAUUUGCUUUUAUUUUUAUUUUCAUUUCUUUUUUUUACCAAGGGGGAAAAACACAUUCACUGUCAAACAUCUCUGUUAGAUAUUGAUUGAAACAUGUAUUCAGCACAUGCUUUUGCAUCACUAAUGUACACUAAUUGAUUAAUAUCGAACCAAAAACAAUCUAGUAAUUUGUAUACAUAAAGUGCUUUUGUUUCACGGUCUGUGUGUGCAGGUGCUUCUGGAUUUAUUGUUGUGGUAAACAGUUUCCUUGUUGGGUUGUUUUUAUUUUUUUGAACCUGUCACUAUUUGUCACAGUUUGGAAAAAAAAAAGUGCACGUUAUGGUAUUGUUGUGAAUAUGAAGGGCUGUGUGAAAGGACCAGCUAGCUUUUGAAGGCCGCAUCUUAAAACCAGGCUGAUUCUUUUUUUUCUUUUCUGGCUACUACUGUGUCUCACGCCUUCGAUGACACGCAAUCAAGUAGAAAUGCAGUGUGCAGACGAAACACGUCUAUCAGACAGUAGAGCGUUGAGUCCACAUGCUGUAUUCCUACAUGACCCUAGUUCAUUUACAUAAAGGGAAAGAGUGCUGCAGUAGUAACUCUGGGAAACAUUUUGUUGCCAGUGCUGGUCGCACACAUUUGGCCUCUUCUGUAGGUGCCAUGGACUGCACUUCCCAUCAGCCCCUGCUGAGAGACUCUCAGUACAGUGAGAUUUGUGAUGCUUUCUUUAUGUCUGACAGAUGUCUUUAUUUUAUUUGCAUUAUUUAUUGUGCUUUUGUUUGACCCAUUUAUCAAACAGUUGUACUUUUCUGGGGUGGAAAAAAAAAGAAGAAAGACAAUGGGGUAGAAUAUGUUUAUGAAUGUCAAUGGUGGGUGUGGAAGGAGCCCAUAAUCGGUGGCAAAUCUCUGUCCUGUGGUGCUGUUUUGGCCCCUGAGAGGCAUCUGGAUGUAUGCGUGACUCCCCCGGCCCCUGCGCUCUUCUCACGAUCUGUACUGUACGUCUUCUUCCUCAUUCUGGGUUGUACUUCAGGAAAACGUCUGCCAUCAACCCCUCAAUAUGUGCCUCAAUGACAUUUCACCUGUGUGCUUGCGAGAGUGUUUGUUUCCAAGAGACGACUGAAUAUUUGUAACUCAAUGGAUAGAGAUUAUCGAGAUGCGACCGAUCAGAUUAGAGGGCCAAAACGUUCGAGGAUUUUGAAAACUUCAAAGAGACAAAUCAUGAUGGGCGACCAGAUUCUCCUUCCCACCGUGUGUUGAUGACCUUUUGUGCCCUGAUUCUGUGGUCUUAACUGCAUGCCUAUGUUCAUUUUGUCAUACCAAAGCGGCAUCUUCGGCAUCUGCACACAACUGUCUCAUUCCACACGAUGCAAAACUGGAACUUUUUUGCUCUAUUGCAGAUGAAUAUGGGUAUUCUUAGACAUGUACAAAUUGCAAUCCUCAUUUAGCCUGUAUAGCUUGAUUCACACGUGCAAAUCAUGAAGCCAUAGAUAUGGGUAUAUCUAUAUUAUACUAUAUUUCAAAAUUGGCGCUUUUUACUUUAGAUUUUGUUCUUCUACUAAGAGUGAUGUGUGUAUACCUUCAUAUAUAUAAAUUUAUAUUACUAUUAUAUAUUAUUUAUUUUCUCCCUCAAGUUUCAGAGGGUCUCUGAUUUGUAAAAGGUCGCACUUGAAGCUUGAGGUUUGUUUAUUUUCAUUGGGAAUAUUGUUCAAUAUGAUGCUGACUUUAUAUUAUCAUAAUCCUGUGUUUGUAACAAAAUGUGCUAAAUAAUCAAAAAAAACCUGUCCUGUUUUUACACCUGUUUUGUUUUGGGCAGAUUUUAAGUGCUCUUGUGCUGAUAUUUUUUUGGUUGAUAGUACUGAUCACAAAACAUUUUUACAGUCAACCAUGAGCCUCCUGUUUUGAUGUUGGGACAGGCCCGCCAGCCGUCCAAGCCUCUUUCUAAUUCAUGUUUAGUGGAAGAAUUAGCUUGACUAUUAUUUGCAAAAACCAAUCAGUCUCAAUAAAUUUUGAAAUUGCUGCUGUAAAGAAGUGA